AUGCAGCUCCAACCCAACUUAGCCCCAUCGACAGGGAUCCGCUUUGUUACCUACAACUUGCGCUACGACACGCGGCCUGACAACGUCUCCGUAACAGACUCACUUACCGCGUUACCGUCACCAUUGCCGCCCCCAGCAGACGGAUAUCUCCCCCGUAAAGCGCAUGAGGAGCAUCGAUGGAGCUUGCGGAGAAUGAGAGUGGCAGAGCAGGUGCUUGGCGGCGAGGCGGAUGUAGUGUGCGUUCAAGAGGCAUUGGUGCGGCAGGUGAACGAUCUGAGUGAGCUGUUCGGUACGAACUGGGCUUGGGUGGGUGUUGGGCGUGAUGACGGCCAGGAGGCUGGUGAAUUCAGCGCGAUAUUCUACAAAAAGUCCUUAUUCCAAGUCCUGUCGAGCGACUACUUCUGGCUGUCACCCACACCGUUUGUGGCGGGCUCUCGCUAUCCUGACGCGGGCUCCGUCCGCAUAUGCACCACCCUCCGAUUACGCCACCUUUCACAUCCAAAGCGCGCAGAGUUCACCGUCAUGAACACACACCUCGACGAGCGCUCGAAUGGGCAGAGGAAACUGGCGGGGGGGAGUAUGCUGCUGGCGCGGGCAAAGUACGAGAGCUACAUGACCGCAGCGCCGGUGUUCGUAUUGGGUGACUUCAACAGCCCACCCGAAGGCAACGAUUCUGCCGCCUACAAAAUCGUUACCGGAACCCGCUCGCCAGAGCCACUCCCGCAGGACUUCGCAGAGCGCUUCCGUAUACCAGCGGACGGUGUUAGUACUUCCGCGGCCUUCAUCCUGCAUGACCUCCGUGCCACGACCCCGCGCCGUGCCGUCUCUGUCAACCACGCCACGUUCACAGGGUUCACGGCGCCGAACGACACGUCUGCAUGGAGCAGGAUCGACUUCGUAUUCGCCGGGGGGGAAGGAUGGCAAUCGACUGCAUAUCGUGUUGUCGAUGCCCGUUCCGACGAUGGCGUUCUUGCCAGUGACCAUCGGCCAGUGUUUGUGGAUAUUCAGAUUUAG